CUCGCAGACGCGGAGGUUUGUGAUAGACGCACAAUGGUGAACUUGAUUUCCGCAGCUGUAAGAGGGUCACGUUUGUACUGUAAGCGCGAGAAGAGUUAAUUGAUUUGUUUCAGACCUCUUCAUCAUCUGGUUUCUUACAAGCUGAGCAUGCUCAGGACGCUGGUGUGUCGCGCGGGGAGCGGCCUUUUGAAGCAUUCCUGGCAGCCCGUGCCUGUGUUGUGGGGGAGCCGAGCUCCGCAGCGAUGGGCUUCCAGCCUCCCUGUGAACACCGUGGUCCUGUUUGUACCCCAGCAGGAAGCUUGGGUGGUGGAGAGGAUGGGCCGUUUCCACCGAAUCCUGGAACCAGGUCUAAACUUCCUAAUUCCAAUCUUGGACAGAGUUAAAUAUGUUCAAAGCCUUAAAGAGAUAGUGAUAGAUGUGCCAGAGCAGUCAGCAGUUUCCCUCGACAAUGUGACAUUGCAGAUAGAUGGAGUUUUAUAUCUCAGGAUACUCGACCCGUUUAAGGCCAGUUAUGGAGUGGAGGACCCAGAAUAUGCCGUCACCCAGCUGGCACAGACCACCAUGAGAUCAGAGCUGGGAAAACUGACCCUGGACAAAGUGUUCAGAGAAAGAGAGUCUUUGAAUUCUAAUAUUGUCCACUCAAUAAACCAGGCGUCAGAUGAAUGGGGGAUUCGAUGUCUUCGAUACGAGAUCAAAGACAUUCACGUUCCUCCACGGGUUAAAGAGUCUAUGCAAAUGCAGGUGGAAGCCGAGCGGAAGAAGAGAGCCACCGUUCUGGAGUCCGAGGGGGCGAGGGAGGCGGCCAUCAAUGUGGCCGAGGGGUGCAAACAAGCUCAGAUUCUGGCGUCUGAGGGAGAGAAGGCUGAACAGAUUAACAGAGCUGCUGGUGAAGCUAAUGCUGUUUUGGCUAAAGCUGAGGCAAAGGCUAAAGCUAUCCGGCUGCUCUCCGAGGCGCUCACUCGACAAAAUGGAAAUGCUGCAGCAUCUUUAACUGUGGCCGAACAGUACGUCUCUGCUUUCUCCAACCUGGCCAAGGAGUCCAACACCAUCUUACUGCCCUCCAACACAGGAGACAUCAGCAGCAUGGUCACUCAGGCCAUGACGAUUUAUGGGAGUUUAUCGAAGACACAGAGCACAGCAGACAGCACAACCCCUGAGACUAAAGAGCUGACUUUGGAAGGAAACACUGUAUCUGAAACUGGAUAUAAAUAAUGAUUUGAGUCUCAUUCUGGAAUAAAAGACAGAAACUGUUCUGGUUGUGGAGGACUGAUGCAGGAAAACUGUAAUUAUAAAAUCACUGAAGCACUAUGGCGUCCUGGAGUAACUACAUGAGAAAGAUUUUAUUGUGUUUGUUUUGUUUCAAUCUGUUAUAAUAAAUUUAGAAAAUUGUUUUUUUUCUGAUAAUCACUAUCCCAUUGCUUGUAUGAAAGGUCAUUCAAAAUGUUUCUGCUAUGCAUAUUUUUCAAUAAUGAAAAUAUUUAACAUGCUAAUAAUAUUCAUGCAUUCCAAAGUAAUCGCCAAUGAAACUGAACUCGAGAACAUCUGUAAAUGGUGCAUCACUGUAAACAGCUUUUUUCUCAAGUAGAUGUAUUCUGAGAGAGUUAAGGUGGGGUCACAGUGAAAUUUUGGAGAAUAGUGUAGUGAUGUAUGAAGCAGACCCACACAGAAGUCACUUUCCAACCAAGUAGAUUUAUGUUGGUCAGCACAGCACUUUUUCUUUUUUGUUUAUUCAAUGAAAUUCCAGAGUUUCUUGUUGAUAUGACGAUUUUGGCCACGCCAAUUCACUUAACAACAGUAAAUGUGACCACGCCUGUCCAUACAAUAGAAGAUAGUAGAUAUUUUAUAACGCAAGUGUAAAGUUAUUUUCUGCAUUUAGAAGUGCAUUACAGCAAACUUGCCAAAAAAGUGCUGUUUAUAAUUCAGGGUUUUUCUUUUAUAUUAUUUAAACUAGAAAAUCAUGUGAAGUCAGCCAGUGAUAAUUGCAAAAAUAAACUAUAAAAUUGUGAAUCAACACUAUUUAUGCUGUAGACAGCAGAACUUGAAUAUGAAGUUGUGUGGUAUAUUCAUAAAUCAAGCUGAGUAUAAACCUUUGUCAAAAUUAUGAAAUAUAGACAGGCCACUCUAGAAAUCAUUGUGAAUUCCGCCCUAACAACUGGUUACAAUAGUUGCUUUUGAGAAACGCAGCCCAUGUAAGUAACAUCUCAAAGAGAAGCUACACUAUGUAGCCCUCCAUUUACUAUUCGAAGCCUACAUGGGGCACAAUGAACAGACUGGGUAAGCAAGACAGAAUUAUUCAUAUUUAUACACAAGGACAUUUAAUUAUACAUUUUAAGACAUUAGCUACUAUUGCAAUUGUAAACAGAUCUUCAAUCAAUAACAUUCUCAUUCUUAAGCUCUGUCAAUAUCAAUACAAGUUCUUAACCAGCAUCCAUUUGUUUUUAUAAAAGCACUCAUUCUUUUUUUAACACUGUUCCUCCUUGCUU